GAAGGCGUGUCCUGCCUGCCUGCCCGCCCGCCAGCCCGUCCUGCAGCUCCCGCCGCCGCUGCUGUAGGAGCAGGCGGAGUAGAGCUAUAAAAGCGCUGGCCCCGCGCCGGCUCCGGCUUCAUUUACUGCCUCGCGGGGCGAUCGGCCGGGAGCGAGCUAGCAAGCAAGCUAGUGAAGGAGCGAGCGCCGCGGGAGGGGGGCGGGCAGCGAACCUGGCAGGAGCUGAGUGCGCAGCGCUCGGGGCUGCCCAAUGCGUGCACAAUCUGCUGCUGCUGCCGCCGCCGCCGCCACCGCCGCCGCUGCUGCCCCCGCCGCUUCUCCGCAGCCGCCGCCGCUGCCUCCGCUGCAGCUGCCGCCGCCUCCGCCGCUCCACGAGCAAUAUGCUGGAGCCACAGAACAGCUAAACGGAGUUUCCCCACCGCUGCCUGGGCUGGAUUGCUGCGCUGUCGUUCCUUAUGAAGAAGACACAAACUUGGAUUAUCACUUGCAUUUAUCUUCAGCUGCUCCUAUUCAAUCCUCUCGUCAAAACUAAAGGGAUCUGUGGGAAUCCUGUGACCGAUGAUGUGAAAGACAUUACAACAUUGGUGGCAAAUCUUCCGAAUAACUAUAUGAUAAAUCUUAAGUAUGUCCCUGGGAUGGAACUCUUGCCUAAUCACUGUUGGUUACAUCUGAUGGUGCCUGAAUUGGCCACCAGCCUGAAUAACCUCUUAUACAGAUUUUCCAAAAUUUCCAGUAGUCUGAGUAAUUAUUCAAUCAUUGAUAAACUCAUAAAAAUCAUUGAUGACCUGAUGGGAUGCUUAGAAGAGAAAAAUAAGAAUUUCAGAAAACAAAAUAACAACAUUUAUAAAGAAGGCUCAUUCAUUCCCGAAAAAUUUUUUAGCUUCUUUAAUAAAUCCAUCAAUGCCUUCAAGGAACUUGAAGAAAUACCUGAGCGUAGCAACUGUGUCCUGCCUUCAACAAUAAGGCCUGAGAAAGAUUUCAGGGUCAAUGUCACAAAACCAUUUUUGUUACCCCCCGUUGCAGCCAGCUCCCUUAGGAAUGACAGCAGUAGCAGUAAUAGGAAAUCAUCAGAAUUUUCUCAAGGUUCUCAAGGUUCCUUAAGUGUGCAUUGGGUAGCCAUUGUGUUGCCAUCAUUCUUUUCUCUUGUAAUUGGCUUUGUUCUGGGAGUCUUAUACUGGAAGAAAAAACAAAUGAUUCUUAAAAUGGAAGGUGACAACAGAGAGAUUAAUGAAGAGGAUAAUGAGAUUAGUAUGUUGCAAGAAAAAGAGAGAGAGUUUCAAGAAGUGUAACUGUUGCUUGUAUCAACACUGUUACUUUUGCACAACGGCGGGUAACAGUUUUAUGUUUGCUUCAUAAAUGAAGCAGCUUUAAGCAAAUUCAUAUUCUGUCUGGAGUGACAGACUCAGUCUCUGUCUGUACUUGCAACCCAUGACUCCAUAAUGAUGAUUCAGAAAUGGGGACAAAGUGUCUUACUGUGAAACCAGCGCUGAAUUAAUCAUCUGCAAAGAAGAAUAUGCAUGGAGCAAAACUCUAUUUUAAGAAUUUGGGGAUUUGCCGUCUCAUUUAGAACUGGUAACUCAUAUCGGGAAAGGAACCUGCAUUCCCUGGACUCCAUGCACCAUCCGCAUGCCUCCAGCAACUGUAGUUUACCAAACAUCCAUAUGUUCUAAUCCUUCAAUUGCCAUCUGCAUCCCACAGCUUAACCUGGUCUGUAGAAAUGGCCUCAAGCUUGGAUUGUGAAGAUAAAAAAAUGAAAGAGAAGCUAUAAAAGCAGAGUUUUAAAGACACUCUAUUAUGGGAAGAGGGGAAAUCUGAGUGAUGCAGAAGGUAGCAUGCCAGCCUUUAGUCUUACAGAACCUAGGUUCAUGUUUUGGACCACAAAACAUGACAUGAAACCAGUCUUUUUCUCUGCCCAAUGAAUAUCAUAUUUAUCCAUCUCAAAAAAAAAAAAAAAAAAAGCCUACCGGAUAAUCUGACAUGGUUGGCUGUCCAUGCUGUCCAUGCAGGGAAGUUAAUAUUGAAUUAGACUGGUGAUACUAUCACCACAUGGAGAAGCUCUGAAAGAGUGAUCAUAUGAAGAAGCUUUCAGCACUGAAUAUCAGAAGGGCCAACCUGAAGAAGACAUUUGGUGCCCCUGGUGAUAUCUGCCCUUUUUUGAUAAUCACUAUGGUGUGUAUAGAUAUGUUUCCAAAAUAUAUUAGAGCAUUUUAUAUACAUAUAUUCUAGAAACCUUACACAAAGAGAGGCUUAGGAGAAACUGCUGAAUGUAUGGAGAUCCCACUUAAAACUGCAGCUAUGGGAGGAACAUGGAUGUGGCUUAGAAUAUUCAGUAUCUAACAUAGCCCUAAACAUUGAUUUCAAAACCUUGGCCUUUGCAAAAGAGCAAGAAAUCUAGAAACCUUAGCUACUGGUAACAUAGUCUUUGUCAUGUUCAAAAUAUCCAUUUAUUUAAGAUCUGGCACUAUUCAUUAAGAGUAUAAUUGAGAGGGUUUUUUGUUUUGUUCUGUUUUGCUUUAAAGCUUUAUUUAGUUUUGCAUGUUGGCUUGCUGUAGAAAACACAUGACUGCCUAGGGCAUAUUUUGGAGAAACUUGGCAAGUGUUGCUAAGAAGGGCAAAGGAUAGUCAGCACUGGGGAUUCUUAGAACAAAAUCUGCACCUUUACAUAGAAGUUAAUAAUUGCCCCAGCAUCACACAGCCAGCAAGUGUCAGGGAUGCAAUUUGAACUCAGGAUUUCCCCGAUUCCAAGUCUAGUAUCAAAUCAACCAUUCAACCUCCCUAUACUGGAGCCCUUCAUAAUAUGGACCCUUAGUAAUUUUAAGCCAGGAUUUUAAGUGUCUUGAGAAGACUUUCUAAUAAUAUGUUCCAUCUUCUAAAGGCAGACAGUUCAUUAAAGCCAAUGAACAAUUAAUUCUGUUUUUUUUUCCUCUUGGAUGUGUGUGUGUGUGUGUGUGUGUGUGUGUGUGUGUGUGUGUGUGUGUAUGUAAGAAAGAGAGAGAGAGAGAGAGAGAGAGAAUGAUUUAAUGUGCCACAAAGCUAUAAAUGGAGCCAAAAGUGUAUCCUUCCAAGCUGAUGAUUGGAGCAACAGUAUAAUGAUGAAUUAUCCCCAUAGACUGGCCACUGACAAACUGGCCUCUUGACCCAGAAAAGGCAUGAAACAGUCAUUGUUUUCCUUCCUUUGUAUCAAAAUGUCAGAAAGUCUCUAUGGUGGUUGGAAUCUUCAGUUUGGGCAAUACUGUAUGGACUGCCCAAUUCUCCAAGCUUUAGAAGACAGUUAGAUACAUUUAACAGUAAAACAAUGUUGAGUAUAAUUGUUUGAUGCUAGUUAGUUGGGCACAAGCUGUGACAUGUCUGUCUGUAGAGCAAAUGUAUAGCUUCAUUAUUAUAGUUCAGAGUUGACCAAAUAGAGAGCACACAGCAUUAUUGGAAUUAGCUGGCAUCUAUGUCUGGGAAAGCACCUUGCGAUUUCCUGUUACAUUCUUAUCCCAUCAUUACAUUGUCUUUUGAAGUAGCUUCAGAAGGUCUGAAGAUCUUCGUAAAUGACCCUUAAAACUUUGCACCUUAUUUUGAGAAAUCUAGAUUGUAAAGAAAUCAGCCCCAUGACUAAAUGGUUCUUGACAGUGAAAUCCAAAUGAUCCAGAAUGAACACUGAAGUACACUUUUUUUUUUAAUACACUGCCAAUCUCAAAUAUCAGAAACAUUUUUACUUCUGUUCAUUUGAUUAUUGAACUAAUCAGUGGUCAUGCCAUACUAUAGGGCAAAAUGUCAUUUUAAAAAGUUUCCUUUAGGUAAGAUUAGAUUGUUUCUAGUAAAUCAAAGUAUUUUGGAAGAUUCUUGUGAUGUAUUUUAUCAACAAGAUUCAAUCUAAUUUUAAACCUGCAGUGGAAAAAAAUCCAUUUCAUAUUCACAGCUGUCCCUAUAACAUUUCUCUAGUUAAGGUGUGUCAUCCACAUUUCUUUUUAUUGGCACAUUUAGUCCUUCCACAUUUCUUUGUCUUUAGCACAAAACAAGGAAAGAAGAAUAGAGAUGACAAUUUCAUGUAUAGUAUUCAGUAUUGGACCUUAUAUAAAAUGCUGAUCUUCCAGAAUCAUUUUUGUUUUUGUUUAGAAUGUAAGCAGGGCCCAUUAGUCAAAGCAAGAUUCACCUUUACCUAAGGUAAAUUGGAUAACUAUUUACACAAGUGAUGGCUUUUCAACUCUUCUUGAAUGAACAAUUUGGAUCACCUCCUAUAAAUGCAUCAUGAUAUUCAAGUACAUUUCAGAUCCUGCAGUCAGGAAGAGUUGCUUUAAUGCAUGUUUAACAUUUGGAAACCCACCAAAUUAUGCAUUUCAACAUUUUUAUUUUAUUAAAAAAGCUAAGAGCCCAAAAUGUAGGGUGUACAUAAAAUCCAAAAUGCCAAAAGAUAUUUUAAAAUCAAUUUGAGACAGACCAAUCGGUAAAUUACUUUUCUGGCCAUUUGUUAUUAUUGUUUUUUCAAAUGGGGAAAUGAGAGAAUUUUUUUUAAGUCAACUCAUCCUUAGUAUAAUUUUAGAAUGUGCUACCUUGAAACUUCCCUUAGAAUCAGUCAAUUAAUCAAUAAACACUUUUUAAACAUCUGUGUACCAGGUACCAUGGAAGGUGUGAGGAGGAAAAGAUGAGUUUUUUAGCUUGAGUGCUCCAAGGAACAUUAUUAUAAUAUUGAAUUACAUAUUCAUUAGAAUUGGUAAUACUUUGUUCUAGGAGACAAAUAAGUGUAUUUAAAUUUCACAAUGAGGGCUUUUACAAGCAAUUAUUCAUGUAAAAAGUCCAUUUCUGAGAUCCUGAAAUAUUUACUAAGCAAAAAUGCAUAUCUAUCUAUAUAAUUAUGUAGAUAUUUGUGUAUUUCUGAUAACUAUCACCAAGUACAUACACACUAUGGUUGCUUUCUCUUUCAUUAUUAUUAUUAUUAUUAUUUUAAGCACAGGAGCUGUUGAAUGGAAGAUCUAACAACACAGUGCCAUUUUCAUUUAUUUGACUCAUGAGCUGCAAGAUUCACAAUAUCUCCCCAAUCAGAAAAUCCUAGUCUCCUACACUAUCAAGUAUUAGUGUAGGAUUGCACACAAUAUCCACUUGCCAUGAUUUUGCAAUGAGUGUGCUUGAAAAAAAGGACCCUGAUUCCUUUUCGAUGGAUGCACAGGUAUAUUGUUGGUUCUGUUUUAGAUUGGAGUUCUAAUGUAAAUGUAUGUCAACAUUACUCUGCAUAGUUUGUUAUGACUGAAGGUUAAUUAAAUCAAAGAAGUUUGUAAAAUGUGAUGUGUAUGUGUAUAUACCGUAUGUGUACUUUUUAAAAUAGGUUUAUGUCCUGACUCUUUUUUUUUAUACUGGUUUGAAUUUGAAAUUACAUUAUAUAUACAUAUACUUUAUUGUUCUAAAUAAAGAAUUUUAUGCACUAUUGUGA